AUGAAAAUCCACGGAGUCCUCUGUUUGGAUCAAGAGGUCGGCCAAACCGAUACCACAUCUCUUGACCCCAUCACUGUAGACACUCUCAUUCAAAAUUUGCACCAAAGAUUCAAUAGAGACCAAAUCUAUACAUAUAUGGGAACAACAAUUAUUGCUGUCAAUCCAUAUAAGAAUUUAUCCUUUUAUUCACCGGAAGUGAUCGCUGCCUAUCAACACCACAAUCUUCUUGAUUUACCCCCACAUAUUUAUGGAAUCGUUGAACAUUUAUUUCAUUCAAUGAAAGACAGAAAUCACGACCAAUGCAUCGUUACUACAGGAGAGAGUGGUUCGGGAAAGACAGAAUCGGCCAAAAUUGCAUUGCAAUACCUUAUAUACGGCUCGAGUCGGCGAAAAAAUUUAGAGUAUCUGAAGGAACAGUUGUUGUCUUUAAAUUAUGUUUUGGAAGAUUUAUUGGAGAAGUCCCGAGUGGUUAAUCAAUCAGUUGGCGAAAGAAAUUUUCAUAUUUUUUAUCAAAUUCUCAAUGGAAUUGAUUUACAUUUAUUGAAAUUAUUAAAACUUCAGCGAAAUAUUGAAAGUUAUUCACUAUUAAGUGAUUCUCAAACAAUAAAGUCAGAUGAUAUUGACGACAAAAAUACUUUUAUUUUAACAAAAAAAGCAAUGGAAACCAUUGGAUUUACUGCCGAAGAUAUAGUUUCUGUUUUUCAAAUAAUUUCUGCAAUACUUAAGUUAGGAAACUUGCAAUUCAUACCGAAGGCCAAUAUUGACGGCACUGAAGGCUGUUCUAUACUUAAUGAAUAUGAGCUGUACGACGUGUGCGAACUAUUGGUCUCCGAUAUGACUGCUUUGGAAACUGCUUUUACACAACGAAUCAUUGAAACACGACAUGAAUUACUUGUCGCUGAUCUCUGUUCUAUUGAAGUGAGACAUACCGCCAAAAGAACAAGAGAUGCCUUAUGUAAAGCACUUUACAAUCGCCUCUUUACUUGGAUUGUCAAUAAAGAGAAUUUUUUCGAGCAAUUUCUUAUAAACUAUUGCAAUGAAAAAUUGCACCAAAUUUAUAUUGAUCUCACCAUAAAAUAUGAACAGGAAUUGUACGCCAAAGAAGGAAUUCAAUGGAAAAAGAUUGAUUUUUUUAAUAAUAAUGUAAUUUGCGAUUUGAUUGAAAAGAACAAUCACGGAAUACUAGCCCUAUUAGAAGAGGAGUGCCUGAAAGCCACUCCAAUCACUGAUGAGAUGUUCCUCCAAAACCUGAGCAAAGCCUGUGAGGAUAAUCCUUACUUUGACAGUCAGGAUAACCCAUACUAUGAAAGCCACGGAUGCAAAAACUUCGUAGUAGUGCCUCAUUUGAAUAUAUCCUGCGAACCACACAAUCCCGGAAGCACUUCAUCAUCACUGCCACCGCUGCCUAACCAUUGCUUUCGAGUCAGACAUUUCGCAGGAACUGUGACUUACUCUGUAAAUGGUUUUGUUGACAAAAACAAUGAUAUAUUAUAUAGAGAUUUAUCGUACGUUAUGUUUCAAAGUGAACACCCGUUACUAAAAGUCCUGUUCCCUGAGGGGAAUCCCUACCGAACCCAUAUUAAAAGGCCGGCCUCUAUAGCCACACAAUUCAAGAUAUCGAUCGGUGCUCUCAUGAAGAAUAUACAGUCGAAAGAAUUGCAUUUUAUAAAGUGUAUUAAACCAAACGCUGCAAAAGUACCACAAGUGUUUGAUACGGGUCUCGUUCAGCAUCAGGUCAGGUAUCAGUCCUUAGUUGAGACCUCAAGACUCCGAAAGGCCGGCUAUUGUCACAGAGAAGACUACGAAUCCUUUCUCAAACGAUACAAAAUGCUAUCACCGAUGACUUGGCCUAAAUGGACGGGCGCUCCCAUCGAGGGCGUCACACAUUUGCUCAAAGAGUUCCCAAUUCAUCCCUUGGAAUAUGCUUUUGGAAAAACCAAAAUAUUCAUUAAAAACCUAACAUUGAUGACAGAAUUAGACGAAUACCGGAACGAAAGGCUCAAUGAAUUGGUAACUUUGGUACAGAAAGUGUGGAGGGGUUGGACUCGACGUAAACUAUUUGUACAACUUGUCAAAAGUCAACAGAUUAUCUCUAAAAAUUACAAAGCUUGGAAAAGGAAAACGUAUUUGUUUUGGUUAUGCCGUCGACUGCCCUCACAAUCGCCGAUAUGCCGUGAAUGGCCAUUAGCUCCGCGCUCUUUACAGCAAACAAACUAUUUAUUACGAAAACUCUAUCAUAAAUGGAGAUGCUAUAGAUAUCGAUUACGUUUCGAUCAAACGGCUCGAAACCGAAUGCGCGAAAAAGUGACCGCAAGUCUUAUAUUUCGAGAUAAAAAAGUCUCGUAUCGAAAGAGUGUUUCCCAUCCUUUUCGCGGUGAUUACGUCCGCCUCCGACAGAGCGCCCGAUGGCAGAGGUGUUCGCAAGAAUUGGGCGAUCAAUACGUCGUCUUCGCCGACAUUAUCAACAAAAUCACUAAAAGUGGAGGAAAGUUUGUGCAGAAGUUGUUUGUGAUCAGUACCAGUGCUAUGGUUAUUAUGGAUCAGCGGACUAUGCAAUGCAAAUACCGCAUACCUGUCCAUCACAUCCACAAGAUAUCGUUGAGCCCAUACAUCGACGACAUUGUCAUCAUUCACACGUGUUCUGAUGAGAGCGGAGUGGAGGAGAGGAAGUCGUUUGUGUUUGAGUCGACGCACGUGAUCGAGAUGGUGACCAAACUGUUCCUGGUCAUCCAGAACGCUGUGGCCAAAGCGCCGCACAUCAACAUCACCAACGAAUUUGAGGCGUGGUUUGGAUCAGAUGUGGUAACGUUUGUGUUCAGGUGUUUGGGUCCGCCCGACACCACUUCCGGUCCCCCGAAGAUCCACCGAAGAGGCAAUAAACUGGAGAUCACUCUAUGAAUCGCACAACUCUUCAGUGGACACGAGUGGACACUCUUUAGGCAUUAAACAAUAAUAACAUUAACCCUAAUAUUGCUAUAAAAACCAAAACCAAUGAUUAUAUGACUUAAUAAGUGCUCAAACAAUACGAUUAUAAGUAAUGCAAUAAUUAUUACAACAAAUUGAGUGAUUAUUACAACAAUUAAAACAACACUUUUCACACAUUCACUCAAUAUUUGCUCAAAUCAUUCAAUUAUUACAAUUAAAUACAAAAUAUAAAACACUUUCAAAAGACUCAAC